AGAGAAUGUGAUAAUAUUGUUAAUUACGGCUCUACCUGUAUAGAACACCUCAGUUAACUUGUCACAGUGAGACCAACCACACAUUAUAGCGUUAUCAUUAUUAUUAUUAUUGUUAUUAUUAUUUCUACGUGUUAUUGGAAUAGCCAGCCAGAGAAACAAAGAUUCAAGACACGACUCCGGUAAUGGCAGGUGUUCACAGAUGGUAUAGAGGAGAGGAAGAACUAGAGAUGAAGUAGCAGAAGUAGUAGUAGCAACAAGAUCACUCCCCCUCCUCACUUUCAUCAUGGGGAAUAUGACUGUAGAACCUGUCAUUUUCUGCUUCACUCUCGCUUACGUCUCUUUGGUGUUGCUGGGGCAGGACUUCAUCAUACGACGGAAAUGUUGGGAGCGUCUCUUGGAUCCCAAAUGUAACGUUAAGCUUCUCUCCAGCACCUACUUCCUCCUCCCCACCCUCAACACCACCUACAACACCACCUACAACACCAUCUACACCACUUACAACACCCUCAACACCACCUACAACACCACCCAACAACAACACCUCCUUUCCACCCACAAAAACAGCCACCCGCACCUCCUCGCCACCCAAGACAUGCAGGGUGAGGCGGCCAAGUUGUACUCUCUCGUGUUCAUCACCUUCGUCGUCGUCUCCGUCGUUUCUUCCCAGGUGCUCGGCUCCUUGGUGGACAGGUGGUCGAGGAAAACGAUGAUGCUGGCACCAUCUGUGGGACUGGUGUUGUGGACGCUGGUGUACUUGGCUCUCGCCUCCCUGCCCUCACUUCCGCUCCAGCUGGUGUUUGUCGGUAGUUGUGUGGGAGGCAUUACUGGUGGUUAUGUCACUCUUCAGACGGCAGUGAUCAGUUAUGUGGUUCGCGAGACGCCCCCAGAGCGACGGACGGUGAGGUUGAGUAUCCUGGAAGCCUGUGCCUACGUGGGGUACCUCACCGGGUACCUCGGUGUUUACAUCCUGACCCAACUUGACCAGACUUCCCACGCCGCCCUCUUCCUAGUUAAUGAAGGUGUGUGUAUAGUGAACGUCUUCUACAUUAUAUUUCUCCUGCCUGAUGACUCCAAGAUACCAACUGUACCCGUUAAGGAACCUCCCACCACUGUCUCUUUCACAACACUUGAGGAAAUGGGCCCUCCUGCUGUAGAACCUCCUGACGAUGAAGGCGUAGAUGAAGUAGAUGGUCCAAGAUUUAUAAUAUCAUCUCAGGACUCGAUUCUUGACGAUGAAGACAACGAUGACGAGUUGAGAAGCACCCAUACUGGCUUCCUCAUCCCCAUCAUGACCAAUCCUAGUGACGAGGUUAGCAAUUAUGGUACACCUUAUGGUACCCCUCCCGAGUACCCAGAUCCCUGCCCCAGCACCUAUGGUACACCUCCUCCUCCUCCUCCUCCUUCUUCACCAGUACCACCAAGGUCCUCUCUGGCUCUUACUGCUGCACUAGAGAUCCUUACCGCCGUGGCUGGGGUCCGCAAGCUCCCCAUAACCUUGAGUACCUCCGUCGUCGAUGAUACGUGCACACGACUUCCUCCUGCACCAGAUGUGGGAGAUGAUCCGCCAUUGAGUCACUCGAUUCUAGACCACCACACUCAAACAGAUCACCACACUCAAACAGAUCACCACACUCAAACACACCGCCACCACCACCACACUCAAUCACGCCACCACACUCAUUCACAUCACCACACUCAUUCACACCACCACCACACUCAACCACGCCACCAAACUCAACCACGUCACCACACUCAAUCACACCACCAAUCACACCGCCACACUCAACCACGCCACCACACUCAACCACGCCACCACACACAACCACACCACGGCCAACCACACUACCGCCACACUCAAUCUGACCACCACACUCCACCACACCACGGCCAACCACACUACCGCCACACUCAAUCUGACCACCUCACUCAACCACACCACGCCCACACUCAACCACACCACCACAUUAUCGGUGCCUCAGUAGACGAGGUGGACAACUUCCGCCCACUCACGCCUCUACGAGACACUGAUGCUGACGCCCACAACCUGACACCAACCAUCUUGCUGACACCCGCAUCAAUAGCUGACGACCAGGACUUCCUACUCACCAUGCUCCUGGCACCCACCACGCCAGCUAAUUCAGUAAUAUCGGACGCUGGUAAUGAAGACAGCCGCUGUACGUCUGACGAGGAGGAUGCUGACAGCUGUGAGGAUGUGCAGCAGCUGACAGAAACAACAACAGCAGCAGUAGGACUACCCACAACCUCCUCUUCUGACAGUCACUCAGAUGUAGACAGAGAGGAUGUAGCUGACAGUCACUCGAGAGGGGACGUAGCUGACAGUCACUCAGAUGUAGAGAGAGAGGACUUAGCUGACAGUCACCCAGUUUUAGAGAGAGAGAACUUAGCUGACAGUCACUCGAGAGAAGGCGUAGCUGACAGUCACUCGAGAGAAGGCGUAGCUGACAGUCACUCAGAUGUAGAGAGAGAGAACUUAGCUGACAGUCACUCGAGAGAAGGCGUAGCUGACAGUCACUCGAGAGAAGGCGUAGCUGACAGUCACUCAGAUGUAGAGAAAGAGGACUUAGCUGACAGUCACCCAGUUAUAGUAAGAGAGGACGUAGUGACAGGUGACCAUAAUAUAAACAUCACAUACGCCGCUACACUUGACGCCACAAGACCCUGUACUACUGAGUGUGGGACUCCUGAUGGUGACAACAUCGUCCCAUAUCACCACGACAGUCGCAUUUCCUUCUGUAGCAGCGAAGGUUCAUCUCGUCACCCGUCUUCACAUAUUAAUGGUGGUCGUAGCUCUUCUUUUAGCGAUGCUCAAGUGUCACUGUACAACGAUGCGCGACAGAUAGAGGGAGAGAGAUGGCAGGGUGGUUUGGUUUGCGCGCUGAGCUGCAUCUUCCAGCCUAUAGCCGUCACGUUCAAGCGUCGUGGGGUUGGUGUGAGAGCCAUGGUGACGGCUGACAUCCUCGCUGCCUUCAUCGUCAGCUUUGUAUCAUCGGCUGAAAUGGACAUCACAUAUCUCUACCUAAAGACCAAGAUGAAACUGAACACAGACAACUACGCCGCCUACUAUGUCUUUAAGGGCAGCGUCGAAUCGGUGGCGCUUCUGCUGCUCCUGCCUCUCUUACGUCGCUUCCCGGGGCUACAAGAUGCCUCUCUGGGGGUGGUGGGAGGCAUUAGUCGAUGUUCCUUCUUCGUAGUGUUGGGCACCAUAUCCGAUCCUAAGCUGGUGUUUCUUGUGGCACUACUUGGUGGCUUCGGGAAGUACUUAUUCGUGGCGGGGCGAGUCAUCCUGGCCAGUCUAGUGGAGGAUCAUGAGUCAGGUCGAGUGUUUACUGUGCUGGGCAGCAUGGAACAGCUUGGCAUACUGUGUGGGUGCCUGGCUUUCCAUGAACUGUUCCCGGCUUUACUGUGUCUUAAUAUGCCAGGCGUGACAAUGCUGCUAGCCGGCCUCCUAGUGCUCAUACCUACUAUUAUAUUUGGAGCAUUGUACUUCGCUUUGGGUCUACGGCCGCCAGAUCUUAUCGUUCACAUGCCCACCUCUUCCUCCUCCUCCUCCUCUCUCUUCCCCUCCAACACUCCUCGUUCUUCCGUCUCUUCCCCACCACACUCCCUCGCCACCCACCAUCACCAUCUCUCACCCUGA